ACCCAAUCAGAACAUGUAGUCCAGAAACCAUGCGUGUAACUCCAUGUACAUGCUGAGGAGGCCUCACGCCUGUUUAGGGUCUCCGGUAUCUCCCGCUGAGCUGCUCUGUUCCCGGCUUAGAGGACCAGGAGAAGGGGGAGCUGGAGGCUGAAGCCUGUAACACCGUGGCUCAUCUUGCUCUGGAUGGUGGUGGCAACAGAGAUGGCAGCUCGGCUGGAGUGUUAGGAGGGCGGCCUGAGCAGUAGGAGUGGGGCUGGAGCAGUAAGAUGGCGGCCGGAGUGGUUUCUCUGGCAUUGUCUGCCCAGCUGCUCCAAGCCAGGCUGAUGAAGCAGGAGUCCCCUGUGGUGAGCUGGAGGUUGGAGCCUGAAGAUGGUACAGCUCUGUGAUUCAUCUCCUGCGGUUGUGGCGGCCAUGGUGAUGGAGACGGCAGCUCAACAGGAGCGGUAGGAGGGAACCCGUGGAGGCCAAGUGAAUUUUCCUUUUAUCCUUGUUAUUUCAAACUUUCUGGGAAGUUUUUACCUGAAGCUGCCAUUCAGGGAGUUUAAGGAGGCAUUGUUACAGAUCAAGACGAUGUGCAUUUUGUAAGCACUUUGGGGCCACUAUCAAAUGCUGUGAAGAGAAAUGUACCCAGAUGUAUCAUUAUUCUUGUGCUGCAGGAGCCGGCUCCUUUCAGGAUUUCAGUCACAUCUUCCUGCUUUGUCCAGAACACAUUGACCAAGCUCCUGAAAGAUCGAAGGAAGAUGCAAACUGUGCAGUGUGCGACAGCCCGGGAGACCUCUCAGAUCAGUUCUUUUGUAUUACUUGUGGUCAGCACUAUCAUGGAAUGUGCCUGGAUAUAGUGGUUACUCCAUUAAAACGUGCAGGUUGGCAAUGUCCUGAGUGCAAAGUGUGCCAUAACUGCAAACAAUCGGGAGAAGAUAGCAAGAUGCUAGUGUGUGACACGUGUGACAAAGGGUAUCAUACUUUUUGUCUUCAACGAAUUAUGAAAUCUGUACCAACCAAUGGCUGGAAAUGCAAAUAUCAUCCCAACAUACAGUGAAUACCGAAUUGGAAAAACAGAUUUCUAAUGAGGUUGAUAGUGAAGAAAUGAAAAUGUCUUCUGAAGUGAAGCAUAUUUGUGGUGAAGAUCAAAUUGAAGAUAAAAUGGAAGUGACAGAAAACAUUGAAGUCGUUACACACCAGAUCACUGUGAAGCAAGAGCAACUGCAGUUGUUAGAGGAACCUAAAACAGUGGUAUCCAAAGAAGAAUCAAGGCCUCCAAAAUUAGUCAUUGAAUCUGUCACUCUUCCACUAGAAACCUUAGUGUCCCCACAUGAGGAAAGCACUUCAUUAUGUCCUGAGGAACAGUUGGUUAUAGAAAGGCUACAAGGAGAAAAGGAACAGAAAGAAAAUUCUGAACUUUCUACUGGAUUGAUGGACUCUGAAAUGACUCCUAAAAUUGAGGGUUGUUUGAAAGAUGUUUCAUACCAAGGAGGCAAAUCUAUAAAGUUAUCAUCUGAGACAGAGUCAUCAUUUUCAUCAUCAGCAGACAUAAGCAAGGCAGAUGUGUCUUCCUCCCCAACACCUUCUUCAGACUUGCCUUCACAUGACAUGCUGCAUAAUUACACUUCAGCUCUUAGUUCCUCUGCUGGAAACAUCAUGCCAACAACUUACAUCUCAGUCACUCCAAAAAUUGGCAUGGGUAAACCAGCUAUUACUAAGAGAAAAUUUUCUCCUGGUAGACCUCGGUCCAAACAGCUUCAACAUUGCUUUGUGGCAUGUGUGGUCGUUUUUCACUCCAUUGUUGUUGUUUACCCAGUUUAUGGGGGUUGUAAUGUUUAUCACACUCCUUGGAUAAUUUCCGAAGAUCACCCCAUCCUGAGAUCUGCUGCCUUACACAGUGGAGGCUGUUUUCUGAGUGUCGGAUGACUCUGUUAUUAAAUAAGUGCAUAUUGAGAAUACUCACUCCAGAUGCUUAGAGGCAUGUUGAGAAGGACAAAGAUAGUGCCUCCUGUCAGGUCACUUACAUCAGAACUUGCAGGAAACCUGCUUUAUACAGCAGUUGAGAGGUGUGGAAAUUGAAGCUCAUGGAAAUGAAAGUUAAUACACUAAAUUUUCAAGGAGUUAAUGAAAACUGACAUUUCUGCUAAAAACAGCACGUUCUCCCUGUGGGAUUUUAAAGGAAGGUCAGUGGUAACUGUACAAAGAAGAAAUGGACAUAGUCUCAUUGUUAGCAGUCUGAAAAUAGUUGCUAGCACCUCCAUGCCCAUGCCAAUGUCUCCAGCCUCCUUCAGGCACCUUGCUGUGUCUUGGAACCACUGGGAGCCCUCACAGGAGGCCCUUCAUUCCUGUACACAUGUGGUGCCACAAGCUGCUUUGGGCCUGGAGGAAUCCUACACAUCUCAGAACACUUCCUCACCUGACCCUGUCACCCAUCUCUCCCCUUCUCGUGUGCUCAGCCCCUUCUUUGACUCUUGAAUUUUGAGUUUUUACAGGUGUUUGGGAACUCUUACUCUGACAUGAAUUUAUAAUUGUAAUGGAGGCUCAGACAACGUUGUAGAUCACAGAGUGAACUAUGCUUUUUAGUGUUAAAUGCAAUAGCUUAAGAUAGAAUGUUUUACUUGUUACGUAAAUGCUGGUUUUCCUUCAGAUUUAAGGACAUAUACUUUUUUUUCUUUUUUAAGAGAUAGGGUCUUCUAUGUUGCCCAGGCUGGCUUUGAACUCCUGGGAUCAAGUGAUCCUCCUGCCUCAGCCUUCGAAGUAGUUGGGACUACAGGCCCACGCCACCGUGCAUGGCUGGACACGUAAAUUUCAAGUGAAUGGUUAAACAUCCAGCUAGCUGAAAGCAUGGCAGACCCUAACAGAAAAGCUACAGUGUGUUUUUGCAACUAUGAAGUGAAUGGUUUCCUGGGGAAAAUUGUGACUUUGUAUAACUAUUGUUGAAACCAGAAUAAAUUAUAUUUCACUUGCAUAUUCUUAAAUUAUUAAAAUUUUCAGAAGUCAGUGAUACAGAAAUACUAUUUUGCAAUGUUAAUCUGUUUGAGUCUUUGGAGAAAGUGGUUUCAUUAUAGGUACAUGAUGCACUCUUAAUAUUUUAAACAAAUAGUUCACUCUUCCAUUUAAGGGAUAGCAGUUCCUUGUAUAAAAUGACUGGAUGUGUAUAAAGGAAUUAUGUUGUCAUGUGUCUUUAACCAGCUUUAGUAAUUACUAUAAUCUCAUAUUUAUGAUAGUUUUGUUAGGUGACAGGACCAAAUGAAAAUAUUUUAUGUUUUCCCAUCACUUUAGAUUUUAUCAUUGUGUAAAUUACUGGGUUUUUAGCAUUUCCUAAUGUGAAGUUUUAAUCAUUUUUAAGUAUACAUAUUUUUUUCUGUACCAUUUAAAUAAAAUAUUUUUAUAACUUU